ACAGCGCCUAAGCCGAUUGGGUGGAACAACAUGCGCGAAUGUCUGAGUACUAUGACUGCGAUCAAACUAACCAAUGCCGCAACGAAGUCCUGCAUAGCAACCACACCCACACCCGUAGCAACGGCCCUGGCGUCUCCUGCGGUAACUAUCAGCAUGCAGACAGUGUACAUUGCCGGCAGGUAUAAUAAGUACUCAAAGGAACUGUCGCAAACACCGUGGAUGUUAAACGGUGUCUUAAAAACACCCCAUAGCGUUCUCUCGCGGAUGGAAUCACAUUUCCUGACAGCCACCAAAUGCAGUUCUGUGGUCUUCUCAUCGUCUGGUCGUGAGGAUGUGGAUGUUCGCAUGUUGGGCCGUGGGCGACCGUUUGUGAUGGAGUGCGUCAACCCCAAACGACAGAUGACCACUGCAAUGCUCAGCACACUACAACGCACAGUCAACGAGUCAUGCUCUGACAUGCGCAUCAACGACAUCCAGGUAGUCACAAAAGAAGAGACGCUUAGGAAUAGGGAAGAUGACUCGGACAAGCGCAAGAAGUACCUGGCCACCGUCACCUUUGCUGAGGCUCAGACAGACGACUCCAUCAAGGCCCUCAACGAGACGGGCGAGUUUUUAAUACAACAACAGACACCCGUGCGUGUGCUACACAGACGGCCACUGCUGACACGGCCACGGAUGAUCUACGCCAGUCAUCUGCAGCUCACGAGUCCGUUUAACGGACUGUUGACUCUGACGACCCAAGCAGGCACCUACAUCAAGGAGUUCUGUCACGGAGAUCUUGGUCGAACUGUGCCCAACCUGUCAACGUUUCUGAAGUGCGACUGUGAUAUCUCCGACCUCGACGUAGCGGAUGUGGAGAUGGACUGGCCGCCUAGAAUAGAGCAAGACUUCUGAAUAAAACUCCCAAUUAUAUAACG